UUCAUUUAUGUCUUUUCUGACGAAAGAGAAAAAGAUUAUGAGGAUAUUUCUUCUGACCAAGGCAUCAUUCCACUGAAGCGCUCCAGUCUCUGCACGUGAAGCGUCACUUUUGCGCAACAGGUUCUGGGAGAUAUAUUUAUUAACAGUAUACAAUCCGAUCAAUGUAGUAAGAAGAAGCAUGCUGUCCCCGUGUUGGCCCUUUGGCACCGAGCAGGAGAUCAACUCAUGGGAUGUAGUGGAUGCAGGGUCAGGUUCAACUUUGGCAAGGUGCUCUCCAAAGUCUCGGUGUUUUUUGCCAUGGUCCUGAUCUUCACCUACUUCUUCUACUGCCUCGCUGGACUCUGCGAUUCGGCUCCCAGAGCUCUGUACAGACAGCAAUUAGCGUCCGACUAUGACAUUCUGGACGACCCCCGCCGAGUUUUGGACGAGCUGCGACCCUCGCCGCGUCUCCUGCCGGACCGGAACCGCACAGUCUCCGAGGACGCGGCGCAGGUGGACGCGCCGGGACCGCAGCUGCCUCUCCACGUGCGGGGCAGCGCGAAGGAGAGCGCGGAGAGCCACGGCAUUCCCGUGUCCAACACUUUCGGGACCAAGAGGCUUCCGCAGGCGAUUAUAAUCGGCGUGAAGAAAGGAGGAACCCGCGCCCUGCUGGAGUUUCUCCGCAUCCACCCCGACGUGAGGGCGUUCGGUGCCGAGCCUCACUUCUUCGACAGGUUUUACGAUAAAGGACUGGAGUGGUACAGGAGCCUGAUGCCCCGGACUCUGGACGGCCAGAUCACCAUGGAGAAGACGCCCAGCUACUUCGUGACAAAGGAGGCUCCUAACCGUGUCUGCAAUAUGAACUGCCAAGCCAAGCUCAUUGUGGUGGUCAGGGAUCCUGUGACGCGGGCUGUAUCUGACUACACCCAGACACUGUCCAAGAAUCCAGGCCUUCCAUCCUUCCAGAGCCUGGCUUUAAAAAACUCCACCACGGGUCUGAUUGACAUCACUUGGAGCGCUGUGCGCAUCGGCCUCUACGCCAAGCAUCUGGAGAACUGGCUUCAACACUUCCCCUUGUCUCAUUUUCUGUUUGUAAGCGGCGAGCGGCUGGUGUCUGAUCCGGCAGGGGAGAUGGGCCGGGUUCAGGACUUCCUGGGACUGAAAAGGGUUGUUUCAGACAAACACUUCUACUUCAACCAGACCAAAGGUUUCCCAUGCUUGAAGAAGCCAGAGGGGAGCAGCAGACCUCGCUGCCUUGGAAAGUCUAAGGGCAGACCUCAUCCCCAAAUCCCUUCCGAGGUCCUGCAGAGGCUCAGAGACUUCUACCGGCCCUUCAAUCACCGUUUCUACCAGAUGAGUGGACAAGACUUCGGCUGGGACUGAUGGAGGAGAUCCCUGUCAUAGCCCGGGGAAAAAAGCCAGUUUGACUGUUUAAUGCUCGACAGGACUAUCGUCUCAAGGUCGAAGAAUUCGAAGUCCACAAACUGAACUCUGCCACAGUGGACUCAUGAGACAUGCAGCAGGUGAACUGCCAUCUUUUUGUUAGAGGAUAGAAGGCGACAUGACACAGUGCUGCAAUAUGCAGGUUACACACAAAGUUAAUGGAUUAGUUAUUAAACCAUUUUCUUACUUGUAUAUUAAUAUUACACAGAAGGGAAAGUUAAAAGCAUUUCCUUUGAAUAUCUUUUUUUAAAAACUUCUGUUCAUAAAAUAAGCUGAUAUUUAUAGUUUCUGUUGUUUUGAAAUGCAACAGUUACAGAUUUCUUUUAUUAAAGAAAUGUAUUUAUUACACGACAAAGCAUGACAUGAAACAGAAGAUGUUUUUAUUGACAGGACAUUGGAGAAAAUGUCAUUCUCCAUAAUAAACCACUAUGUUUUAUUGAUUAUAAGCAGUGUUACUUUGACUGCAUUUGUACUUUCAUUACAUUUACUGUUUCCAAAGUCUUUUGAAACACAACACAUCUUAGUUUAAUGUUAAGGGGUAUUGCUCUGCACAUUGCAGUUGAUAUACCUCUGAUACCUCAUGUGUAAAUAUUAAAUGUUACAAUGAUCACAAACCACACAACUACACAUUUCAUUUGUAGGCAUCCUCUCAAAGCCACACAUAUCUGAACUGCCUUGAACAGUGCCCACUGUAUCGGCUGUCACUCACUUAAAAUAAAUGACUGUUUUGAUCUGUGAUUAUUUUGAACUAUUUAAAACUCCAUGUAUAAAGAACAUAAUGCCU